AUGCUUCAAUUAGACCGGGUGAUGUCACGACUGCUCCCGCGGGGCGCGUCGGGCCUUGCAGGCUGUCGAGCAAUUUCCAAUCGACUGCCCUCAAGGGUAUCGCUCUCGAAGAACUCUGCGAUCACUCGUCCUCUAUCUACCCUGCCGAAUCUACCGCUCUUCCAUGCGCUCCAGAACCAUGAUCCCUCCGCUGUGGCCGUCGUCCACAGCGCGUCGUCUCGGACCUUCACGUACGGGAACCUGCUCGCUGAUGUGCUUCGUGCGAAGGAACAACUCGCCGAGACCACAAAGGGUGGCAGGCAUGCUCUGGCAGGCGAGCGUGUUGGGUUUCUGGCGGAGAACAGCUAUGAUUACGUAGUGACGCUUCUGUCGAUUCUCGCCAGUGAUGCGAUCGCGCUCCCUCUGUCGCCGUCCUUCCCUGUUCAUGAAUUGAAGUAUAUCAUGGAUAACGCCCAGGCGAAGGUGCUGCUUGCUACGGAAAAGUACCAAGACAAAGCCUUUGAUGUGGUCAAAACUGGGCUCGAAACAGAGCCUAUUGUUGAUAUCAAGGAAAAGAUUCAAGCCGGGUCAUCCGAUGCAGGUCCUGUUACUUUCGAGGACGCCGUGGGGGGGUCGUCACAGGGCGGGCUAAUGCUGUACACUUCUGGCACGACAAAUCGACCGAAAGGGGUGCUUUUGCCGCAAUCGGCUCUCACAGCCCAGGCAUCUUCGCUUCUCCGCGCAUGGAAGUACACGCCCAAAGACCACCUGCUUCAUCUUCUUCCCCUCCAUCAUAUCCACGGCACAGUCAAUGCAAUCGUGACGCCUGUUCUUGCCGGGGCAUCUGUCGAAUUUAUGUUUCCCUUUAAUACAGAUGCGGUCUGGAACCGACUGGCGGCUCCAUUUCUCUCGAAUGUCGAACCGCCAAAAACACCAAAACCCAAAAUCUCCUUCCUUACGGCCGUGCCCACCAUCUAUAACCGCCUCUUGUCCUCAUUCCCAAAUCUCUCAGCCGAAGUCCAAGCGGCUGCUAAGCAGGGCAUAUCUCCGCAGAACCUCCGACUGAAUAUCUCCGGCUCGGCUGCCCUUCCAACACCAACAAAACAGGCCUGGAAGGAUCUGAGCAAUGGAAACGUCCUUCUAGAACGAUAUGGGAUGACCGAGGUUGGCAUGGCGAUCAGCUGUGGCUUGGAUGUUGCGGACCGCGUGGAUGGCAGCGUUGGUUGGCCUCUGCCGUCCGUCGAAGCCCGUCUCGUCGACAUGGAAACCAACGCGGUGAUCCUACCGGGCGAGGAGAGGGAUCCGACCACCGGGCGCGAGCGGGAGGGAGAAAUCCAGCUGCGCGGGCCGACCAUCUUCAGCAAGUACUGGGGCAACGAGGCCGCCACUGCGGAAGCCUUUGUAGACGGCGACGACGGCAAGGGCCCCUGGUUCCGCACCGGUGACGUUUCCACCCGCCGGGUUGUCCCCGGGGCGGGCAAGGGCACCAGCGGCGACUGGGCACAGGGCUCCAUGUAUUUCAUCCAGGGCCGACGGAGCGUUGACAUCAUCAAGACAGGCGGCGAGAAGGUUUCCGCCCUCGAAGUUGAGAGAGAACUGUUAUCUCUUCCCCAAAUCGCCGAAGUGGCAGUCGUCGGCCUCCCCUCGGAACAAUGGGGCCAAAAGGUUGCCGCCAUCAUCGUCCUCAAGUCGGACGCCCUCGGCCGCAACGGGAAACCAUGGGGCCCUAUGGACAUGCGACGCGCGCUCAAGGACCGGCUAGCAGGUUACAAGAUCCCGCAGGAGGUGAAGAUCUUGCAGACGCCUAUUCCGCGCAAUGCCAUGGGGAAGGUCAACAAGAAGACCCUUGUCCAGGAGGUAUUUCCAAUGCUAACUGAAUAA